AUGGCUGCUUAUGCAGCGUCCAGGUAUACCAUCCCCUUGGAGCCAUCCAACUCCUUCGAGGGCUCAGGGCCUUCAGGGCCUUCGCCUGGCACCUCCCCACCUGCAGGCAGCAACGACAUGUUUGUCACUAUAGCCGUAAGCCCUAGUGACGAGCAGCAGGAAGAGGAGGUGGCCCGCAUGGAGGAAGAGAAAGGUCCUUCCAAUUCUCGCAUCGGACAGGCCAACGCCGCGCGUGAGUACCUUGAUAAGCACAAUCUGGUGGAGUUCACUCAGCUCUUGGUUCAGAGUGUCAUCAAGGAGCAACCUGAGCGGCCUUACGAGUUCAUGGUGCUGCUCCUCUUCUUUGGACUUCAUAACCAGCACAUCUCUGAGCAGCUCCACAGGGAGGCUGUGGCAGAAUGUCGAGAGGCAAAUGGGCAAAGCCUCCUCUCUCUGCGGGAAGUCUUGCUUUGGUCGCGUCGUCAGCGCGAGAUGGAAUUCAAGGUCUUCCGGCAGAAGUUCAACUUGGUUGAUCCUGGCGAAAAUGGGCGAGUGGAGUUCACAGAUCUCACCCGGCUUGUUGGAUCUCUUGGCGUCACGGUGAGCGAGGCUACAGUCCAAGAGCUGGUGGUGGACAGCAAGGAUGCCUACUUCGGCCUUGGCCGCAGGGAUGGUGCUUUAGACUUUGACGAAUUUGUCAACUUCAUGUUGAAGCUGAGGGCUCGAGAGGGUUUCAGUGUUGGAGAGCUCAAGCAAUUUAAGCAAGUCUUUGACCGCUUCGAUGACAAUAACAACGGAGAGGUCGAAGUGCUCGAGCUUGCGGAUAUGUUCAGGUAUUUAGGCCGCAGCGUGAAGCUUGAUGAGCUACAAGUGAUCAUCAGCCAGGUUGACUUCAAUGGAAGCGGAGCCUUAGAAUUCCAAGAAUUCCUGAGGCUCAUGCGGAUCCAUCGGGAAGAAGAAGUCAGCAAGAUCCGGCAAGUCUACAACAAAUUCUCAGCUGAAGGGCUGCGUCCUUGGUUUUGGAGAGUCACAAGGAGUUCUGGGGUUGGGGACUGA